UGCAUGUCAAAUUUGUCAAGCAGGAAUUCUGGCUUCUCCAUUGUUGUCCUAAUCAUCUCUUCCUCACGUAAGUCACUUAAUGGGCGGUCAUGGGAUUCUGAGUUCUUUCAACAUCCAAUAGACAGGCAGCGAGUGUGAGCUCGGCCCUCGCUGUUUCCAGGUUGUGACAGGCCAAGCUCUGAUGUCAUGUUCCAAGCGUUGAUGUCACAGCUUACGACAUUCGUCAAAUUAUUUUGAUAUGAAAUUUUCGCUGCUGAGCUCGUGGAAUCAUAGCGUCAGCUGAGAGUCCACAACGAUUUACGUUCAAGUUAACUUAACAUGCGAUUUUCAUAACAUCUACUUGAGUUUUGAUGCACAACAGUGUGUGGAACAGAACACGCUACAAAAUUUAUGUCUUUGUGAGUUGCAGGCCUCAUAUAUCUCAAUCUUAUUCUAAAACUAUACUUGAGGACUGCCUCUUUAGCUAUAAAAUAUCCACAUUUCAAAAUGUGUAGUAUAAAAGGUUCGAAGGAUAUGGUGGCAUCUCCGACUCCAAACUACGCGGCCUUGAAGGACUAUGAUAUCGGAAGUGGUUCUUCUUCCAAGACAAGCUUUCAAGAAAUCUGCCGUUUCCUUGAUAAUUCUGAUCGGGAGCAGCAGUUUGAUUAUAAGAUGUUAAUAAAAGCUUUCAAGUAUUUGCAGAAAUGUUCUCUUACCUCAUCAGUAGGCCAUCUACUUGAUGCUGGAGUGGUUCAGAUGGCAUCAAGGACGUAUGACAAACUUGUUCAGCUGGAUUACAGCAAACGAGAAGUAUUGUCCUCCAUCUUAGAACUUUUAUACCUCAUUGAGGACUUGAGUGAAUCUGUCGAAGGUAAAGCACUGUGUGGAAAGUACUUUGUGGACCGUCUUUUGGCACUUACCACAACCAGAGUUCUAGCAGUGACUUUGCACCGAGCAGCUGUAGAAACACUCUGUGGCAUCAUUACUAAAUCUGCACCAAACCAACAGAGAGUCAUUGAUGAUCGUGUUUCAUGCCUCAAACUGUUCAAGCAUUGCCUCCCAAACUGUGGCGAUUUCCAACUGCAGGCUAGUUUGACAGAAGUUUUCUAUCGACUUCUUAAACAGGAACGAAACUUACUUGAUCUCAUAGGAGAGAAAAGUGUACGAGAUGCCAUGGAAAUCCUCUUACAAAAGCAGAAGCCAGAUCUCCUGAGUGAAAUCAAGGAGAUAGUUUUCCUGCUAAAUGAGUCUAUGGGACCAAAUAGAAGCGUAUACAGCUUCCUUGCCGACAAAAUCCUCCUAAACGGCGAGAACGUGGCUCCUUCUGAACAAAAGUUGAUCAAUUUUGGAAAGGGUCACCUCAGCUUCUAUCAGACAGAUUCAAAUUCAGAUGGACCCACAAUUUUGGACGUGGAGUAUGGGGAUAUUCUGGAAAUCAAAAUGGGUUCAAAGUCAAUCUUGGAGAUGGUGGUUCAGGAUGAUGCAAACGUAUUCUCUGCAAAGUCAUCGAAGGCCAUGAACGUGAACCAACUGAAACAAGUUCGCCUGCAAAUUUCCAUGAACCUUCAAAAUUUUUCCUUUCUUGAGAGGCACGUUCUACCAAGUCUACGAGCACGAACCCUACAUGCAAGAAUGGCGAACUCUCAUAUUAAUACAGGCGUGCGUAAGUCGUCUAUGGGUAUACUAAUUCCUCUGCCCAAGGAGCAUCAUUCCACUUUCCAACCUAGGAAAGAAUUGGAGCCUACUCUUCCAGCCUCCCGUGCCGGAGUGCUUCUGAAAAACUACGUACCUGCAUGUGCCAACUCUAAACUUGCUGACGAGAUAAGAUAUGAGGUGAAUGGAGCGACCGAUACACGUGACGAUGGUCUUGCCAAAAAUAAAGGAAGCUUCAGUGAGGAGCCAAUGAUUGUGAAAGCAACUCCUCAAGGAAACUGUCCUUCACAUCCUUCGAUCUUGUCAAAAAAAAAUCCUCCUGCCAUUCAUUCCCGAAUCCAAGAUACAGAGUUGGGGAGUAAGGUCGCUGCUGGAAACGAUGAAACCGAAGAAGAUGAUGUACAUGUUCAAACACGAGUUUCAUCAGCGCGGAACGCAAGAUCUGGCUUCAAAACUGUAGAGAAAGAUCAUAUGCAAGUGUCUUGGAAUGCAAACAAGGAAUGCACGGUCGAAGCACUUGAGACAGGUCCUCAAAGGAUGGUGAUUGGUGACAAAUUAAAAAAUCAAUCCGCUGCCGUCGAAAUUGGUGGUAAAGUGACUCUGUCAAAAGGCUUCAUUGUAGCCAACGGUGCCCAGAGUAAGGGUUACAAAUCCAAGCCUUCGCCUACCCAGUCACAGGAGGUAAAAGAAAUUGGAGGAUUCCCGUUGCAGGUCAACCAGUCCGCAAUACCUCCUAGCAUAAUAUCUGAUCUAUGUCUUUCCGAGAAAGAGCAAUCGGUGGAAGGAGUAAAAGAAACCAGAGAGUGUUCAAAUGGGAAGAUUACGGAGACAGCUGAAGAGCUUGUGUUCCAAAAUGGCCCAUCCGACAGAAAAGUCAGAGAAUCUAAUUUAAAACGAUCUCGGGAUGACGUCCCCACAUGUCCUGAAGGAAGAUUGAAUCCUUUUGCAAGGAGAACUUGCUCAAAGGCUACUUUCCAGUGUUCAAUCUCCAAGUCUGAAUCUGGUCAUUCACUUGACAGUGGUGAAGAAUGGGCACCUGAUGAAGGUAUAUCACAUACUAUUGAGACCGCGAAUGACAAACGUAGGGUCGGGGUUGCCAAAGGUAGGCGCCAGUUGAAAGGAAAAGAUCGAUUACCUUGCACUGCAGGGAAAAAAUGUUCAUCUGAAAAGUCAUCGAAGUCCAAGAGAAGAGUGCACACUACUUUGAAGAGUAAUGGAGUUCAGAAGAGGCAGACAACGCACACUGACGUCUACUCUUUUACAUCAGAGGAAGGCAAACAAACUCAAUUAAAAACCUCAUUUUUUCCAAGGCUUGAGAAAAUUCAACUAGGUCAGCGUUCCAGUCGAAACGACAGAGCGAACCCGUCGUCCUUCACCCGCAUUCAAGGGGCCUCUCGUCUUGUUUCUCGGGCUCUUGCAGGAAUCACUCAGAAUCAGAAAGAAUGGGUGCAAAAGGAUGAUAAAAGAGAAGGACAAAUUGGUGACGAAGACAAACAGUUUUUCUCGAAACCUCUUCCUCCUCGUCAGGAAAAUGAGGGAUGCCCGAUGACAGAUACGGUCCAGAAAAGCUCCAGAAUAGAUCGCUGGAAAACAUCAAUGUACACGAAGCCUUCUUUACCAGUAUCCAGCUCAAAUCCUGUGGAAGCGAAUAGUGUUUCAUCAGCCACAUCAGCACGCGAAAUGGGUCGGACAACAGGCUCAGAUACAAAUUUGCCAGAUACUCUUUCAGCCUUAAGCGAUGAUAAGGGCCUUCAAGUAAUCACCGCCUUGAUUAAAGAGUUCAAAGGCAGGGUAAAAUCAGAAGCGAAGCGCAAAAUGACCGACAUUGUGUCCGACACUUCUCAGCGUAUCCAACACAACGUCGAAACAGCACAGCGGCAAAUUCAGAAGGAUGUUGCUGAGUUUGUGGAAAUUAGCAAAGAUAAGUUUGGACAACUGAGCAGCAAGUUGGAAGGACAAACAAAGAGAAUGCGACUGGUCUACGAACAGUUCCAGAAAGAUUUUUCUGAGCAUAUCCAGCAGUACGAGAAGAUUGUUGAAGCAAUUGACGAAACAGAUCAUGAACUUCUUGAAAUUGCGAGAAAGCAAGGACAAGGUCACAAUACAUUAUUCGAACAUCUGCAGGAAUCAGCACUGCGUCAUCUUGCAGAAGCAGACGAAAAAAUUUUGUCGAUUAACAAGGCAUCCAACUCAAUGUUCGGCCUCAAACCUGCCGUUGAAAGAUUGAUGCGAAUUGAGCAAUAGAACAUGCUUCGAGACUUAGCUUUCUAGAACCAUACCGUCUAGGCACGGAAGUUCUGCUUUGGAAGUUAGCGCAGAGCUGAACUCGCUUAUUGUUUCAUAUCUUUCUUAUCGAUGUCAGGUUUUUCUUACAGUAGGCAACUAUUGGAGGACUAAUAUCUGCCUUCAGAGAUAAUCAUGUAAGCAUCGAUCCCGCAAACAAGCAAGAGGCGCUUUCAAGAUAGAAUUAAUUCCAUCUGAGUGUCAAUUCAGAUGUGGAUAAUAUGUGCGACGGGUUUGUACAAUAUGGACAUUGUGCUUAUCAGUGUUUCGCGUGUAGCUAACGUCAGCUCGUAUUCGGUGUUCUACCUCUUGUAAUAAAGUCUGUGCCAUUUGCUGUGCCUAUAUUGGUUUCUCAACUGCAAGUGGUCGUCCGCACCUUGCCUUUUGCUCGUCUUAGCAGCCUGACGCCGACGAUAAAGCACAGUUGGCUAAUCACAUUUGUCUUCUUGCAAGAGUAGUUUGUCUGUG